CCUCUUUCAUUCUUUUCUGUAUAAUCAAUGUUAAUACAAAGCAAUGAUACACUUCAGUCGGAUGUUUCUACAUUUCCGAUAGCAAAUGAGAAAUUCGUCUGCGAAAAAGGACCUACUCUACGUCGAUCUCCUGGUCCUUCUGCUUCUUCUUCGUCCUCGCUGUCGGCUAAAGGUGUCGUCGUCGAUGGCGACUCUUCUUCUUCUCCUCCCAGCAAUAAUGGUAAUCGGUUUCGCAACUAUCCACCGUCACUGCCACCAAAACGACUCAAACGGUCUUGUAUCCAAUGGGUACGGAUGCACAUUGACCAUUUUCUCUGUUCGCUUUUGUCGUUAUCGAUACUAUCCGUGAUCUGUACCAUUGCCUUUGCCCAAUCCGCGCAACGUGCUUAUUCCGAAGAAGGGCGCGCUAUGAAUUCUGACGAGCGUGAUUAUCCAGAUGAGAAAAUCGUACCAGACGAAUGUUAUUAUAUCAAGCGGUGGGGAUAUGAAGCGCGUGUCUACGACAUAGUGACUGACGAUGGCUACAUUCUUCGCAUGUAUCGAAUUAUUGGCGGGGGUGGUGGCAGCAACGAUAAUUCAAAAAAGCGCCCCGUGCUGCUCGGUCACGGCUUAUUCCAAUGUUCAGGCGAUUUUUUACUGAACGAAGAAAAAUCAUUGGCAUUUGCUCUAGUGGAACAAGGAUACGAUGUGUGGCUCGGAAACACACGAGCAACUGGAUCUGUUGAUCAUGUUUCGUUGUCGCACCGAGAUCCUGAAUAUUGGGCAUGGGGUUUGAAAGAACUUGGUACCUACGACUGGCCCACCAUGAUUGACUUUAUACGAGAAGAGACCGGCCAUCACAAGAUCGCAUACAUUGGGCACUCACAAGGAAAUGCAAUGGCUUUUGUGGGCUUGAAGCUUCGCCACGAAGUAGCAGAUAAACUCAGUUGUUUUGUUGCAUUGGCUCCGGCUGUCUUUUCAGGGACUUUGGUAAACAAGUUCCCGUUGAAACAGCUCAUCGCAAUGAACAAGCGUACCUUUACUGUUAUAUUUGGCUCGGGAGCAUUUAUACCGAUCAUGUCGUUUGCACAACGUAUCUGUCAUCCCGUGCUGUUCUCUCACAUGGCCUACAGCAUGUUUGCAUACCUCUUCUCCUGGUGGGAUACCCAUUGGCUUCGUCGAAGAAAGCCAAAGUACUUUCAGUUUACUCCAAGACCUGUGUCAUCUCAGCUAAUUUCCGAUUGGAUGGAAGGCUGGGGAAAGCGUGGGGUAUGUCUUCAUGUAACAGACGCAUCGCCAAUCCCAUUUUCCACUUCAUCUACGGUGUCCAAGGUCCCCCUCACGGUGUUUUACGGCACAGACGACUUCUUGAUAGAUGGCGAACGGCUUGUACAGACGUUUGAAGGAUACGAAAACUAUGGUAGGGUGUCACCGCGCGACAUCCCCUUACGAAAAACACCCGAGAGUACAAAGAGCGGAAGUGGGAAGAGCAGCCUAUUUCCCAUGCUCGACCUGGUGCAUGCCCAAUGCAUAGAUGGAUACGAACAUAUGGACAACAUAUGGGCGCAUAAUAAUGUGAUAACAACCUACCCUGCCAUAUUUACUGCGCUAUCUACUGCUCGGUGGACGGCCAACAGUACUUGAGAAGGCUAACUGCCUACAUUUACCACUACUACAAUUAUAAUCAGAAGCCACAAGUAAUUUUACUAAUUAUUAGCGGUCCUUCCUCGCUGACAGUAUACUAAUAGUUAUUGGAUUUUAUUUUAUUUACUGGUAGAAAUAAAUUUUUUGGUAGACUUUUUUUUAUUAGUAGAAAAUAUUUUACAUUUAAAAAUUAUAAAAAUUGAAUUUUUGUUUUUUA